CUUCUUAAAAGUAACCAACUGACCCCGCCACACUUUCUCAGGGGAAGGAGUAAAAAAAAGUUUGGGAUAAUGGAUGAGCAUCACUCAUGGAACUGUCGGUGUUUGCAGCAGUGAGCAUUUCUCAGAGUUUUGCCUCGUCUCUGACUUGAGCUCUGCCUCUCGCCCCAAAAGCAGUUUUUUGUCAUCAACUGUAACGUUCCUCAAUCCUUUAAGAUCCCUUAGGUGAUUUUGGAGGAUUUUGGGGGACUGAGACUGAAUUGCAAAAAAGUGUGGCACGUUGUGGAGGAAGUAUUUUGUCAAGGUCUUGGGUUAGACCUUGGCUUGUUUGUGCUUUGCGGGGCAUAAAUUCAGGCCUGGGUUAUACAUGUAUGUGAAAUCAUUCACACUGCUCCAGGAUACCAUUCACACUACCUGAACAUCAUGACAGGAAUUGCUGGAGGAAUUUUGCAGGAUUGGCAGGGGUCAGCCCUGGAAGGAACAUACUCGGGAAAUAAUGGAGGAUUUUAGGGGGUUGAUGCUGUGUGCCGUUUUCCCAUAGAAGGCAGUUGGAGAGUUCUUAAAGACUGAGGAUGCAACCAAGCCAAAAGGGCCCAGGGGAUUAGGGUUAAUGUCUUAACCAGUCGGCAAAACUCCCCCUUCAAAUCAUCAAGUUGGAUGCUGCCGGAGGAAAACAUCAACACUUCAGGAUCAGGAAAUGCCGCAAAAUCAGGGAGAUAUAUAUAGAUCCCUAGGCCAAGCCAAACUCUACAAAGUGGCCGUAAUUGGUUUACACCAAGAGAACUUGUAGCACUGCUUCUGUCACUCACUGACACACAGUGGAUGUCGUUAGUUUACAUUAUUGCAUGCAAAUAUACAUGUAAACUCAGACUUUGAAGUAUUAUGCAUCAGCUGCUAAUGUACCACAGCAAGAAAGAAAUGACUUUAUCAAUUCACAAAUAUAUAUACAUGUAUAUGUAUAUAUAUUACCAAUUUUUACAUGUCUUAUUUGUAUAAUAGCUGCUUUUUCAGUGCUAAGUGAAGUCUCUUCACAGAAAUAUAGUGUUUGUUGUUCCAAGUAGAAAUUUCUGUUUAUUUGGAGCGACAUACUGCUUGCAUGUGUUUGUCUCACUAAUGCCCAGGGGUUGGGGUGGAGUGGGACUUAUUCUGUAAAUCUGUUGUAUCUUUGCUUUGGGUGCCAGGCAAGACAACACCAGUGGCACUGAAGUUUUGCACUAGUCAGUGAAGGCUACUGUUAUAUGCCUGGAACAGGGCAGGUAUAAAACAUUUGUCAGUGUAGGAGAAGGGCAGUUCCGUUUUAGAACUUGUGUUUAAGAAUUGAAAACUCAGUGGACAACACAACUCAUACACUCACCAACGUAUUACCACAGUUUGGGGGGCAGUGAGUCCUAAUUUAAUUUGCUUUUGCCACAUGCUUCCUCACUUCAUCUGAUCCAUUUUUGAAUACAUAUCCGAAAACUCAGUCAUAGAUAUUGAGAACAUUUCAUUGAAAAUACUCAUAGUUAAUGUUGAAAAAGACCUGUAUAUAUUUGAAGACUGGUUGCUUUCUGUACCACCAAACAAAAAACUGAACUCAAUAAUAGUAUAAGUAUUUGGUAUCUUCCAAUUACAAUUCAUGUCUAUUAUUACAUGUACAUAUGUAGAAUGCCAUAGUAUUAAUAAAAAUAUCAGCACUUGACUUGAUACUCAUUAAUAUGUGAAAAUUGAUAUGUUUAAGUAGAAAUGUACCAGUGAAUGUGAAUAUCACUGAAUUAUUUGAAGACGAGUCACCACCUUGUCAAGUAUUCAGUUUUUUGUCAUGUUUACUUGAUUCUUACCGGUUUACAAAUGCACAACAAAAUGAUUAACUGUAUUUUUAUGUCCACAUCAAAUGUAUAAGAGCAUAAAUUUGUAUUUAGACUAUUUUUUUCUGAAAAAUACCAACCCUGUAUUCCAGCCACACUUAUUAAGAAUCUUUUAGCUCAAUAAAUCUUGCCUCGAAGUAACUUGUACAGCACAUCAAACUUGGCUUGUUUUUCUUGCCUUAUUGUGUGUGACAUUUAUGCAUUGUUCUGGAUUCCCUUUUCCAGGUUCCAACGGUUCAGGAUAAUCCUGACAAAUCUUUGGAAAAAGUCAUGGAAACAUAUAGAAAAUUGGGAAAAAAGUAGGGUGCUGUGAAAUCCUGAUGUCUGAGGAAAAUGUCAUGGAAAUCAAGGGUUAUUUUUGAUGUGAUUAUGAAAUAAUGCUUAAUUAUCAAGCUGUCCUUUUUGGUUUAUAGAAGUGGCCAUGUAUGGCAAUCUUCCAACUGACCAAACAACACUUCUCUGAGAAAUUUCAUUAAAAGUCAUGGAAAUUUUCACAUUCCACACAAGUCCUGAAAAAGCCAUGGAAAGCCAGGGAACCCUGCAAUUCUGGCAACUGUCAAGCUUACCAUUGUGACAAGUUCAGUGUGAUGUGGUUGCCAAGCCUGGAUUAGCUCAUUCAUAGAAGCCUGUGGGUUAAUUUAGUGCUUUCCUACAAAUGCUCAGAGCAUGAAACAAAGAAAAUGUACAUGGGUUGCUUCUGCUAUUUUGUGGGAAUUAUUGCAAUGCAAAUACCCAAACUGUGCCAGGGCUUGUCUCUGGUUAAUAUAAAAUCAAAGAUAUUUUUCAUUGCUGGUUUUACGUGUUAAGUACCAAUAUAUUAAGACUAAAAGUAGUCUCCAGAAGCUUACCUCCAAAGUGUUGUCCAGAUCAAGAUCAAGAACAUGAGACAGAUGAUUUGGCUUCUGGUGAAGAAUCACCUAUUGAAAACCAGGUCAAGGGUCAAAGGCCAUGGUCAGGAACACCCAUGAGGUAUCGUAGGAAGAUGUGUGGUAGUAGAGUAUCCCUUGCCAGCAGACAGAGAAAUGCUGUGUCCAAAUCACACAGGUAUUUGCAAAGAAGCAAAACUUCCCAUCUGGCCAAGGCUGGAGGUAUAAAGAAAAGGGGGCUUACGAAGGAACGGAGAAGGGGUUAUAUUUACAAGCAAAAGGAGUCCCAAGUAAGAAAACACAACUGCUGCACAAUUGGUCGUGCUUUUGAGCCAUCCCCUAGAAUGGGUUUGCAGUUACAAAUACAAGACAAACACGUGGUUCUCCGAACGUCAGAAAACUUGUCGCUAACUUGGACUCAGACUUGUGUGAAGGACCACACUGGAUCUCCAUCCGUUCUUCCUGAAAUGACUGCCAAUGUAAAGUGUUCAGGAGGGACACUGACUUCAGCAAGGAAUGCAGAGAGUGCUAUGAUGCGUCACUUGCGAGGGACAGAGGCUGCAUUAUCUCCGAGUGAUGGCCAUUCAGGAUCUUCUGACGUACAGAUGCUGGAUAACCUGCCGUCUCCCAAUGGACAGCAGAAAGGUGACUGCUCUCUUUCUGGGGCAAAAAAAACACUCAUCAGAGCCAUCAGGAACAAAGUUACCCGAGAUAGGAGAACGACCGAACUUGGCAGCCUGACACCUCAUGCUGGAUCCAGUGGCCAAGGAGUCAUGUGUACAGCCUCAGUGUCUGAAAUCUCUGACCAGAGAGGAGCAUGUAGCCAAACCACCAUUCCCCAAGGGAGACAUCAUCAGUCACCCGCAGAGGAAUGUGUUAAGGUUGUUGGCUCGAGCGCUUGGAAUGUUGGCAAGAAUGCAGGUGCUGCCGCAUCCUCCCUUGGAGAGAGGUCUGUGAGGAAACUCCCUCUGAAAUCCAAAAUGAGCACUCUCUGUCGCCCGAAGCGAUUAAGCCACACUCCACGGAGAUCUGCAGUGAGAAAGACUCCCUUGGCCUCCAGAGGUCACGUGAGAUGUCCCAGCCUCCAAUGGAAUGUCUCACUGCCACCUGCUUCCACAUCCACCUCUGGAAUCUGCUUCAGUCAGCCGGUGAUUUCCAACGUGGUCGGGGGGCAGAAAGCUGUUGAGAUGACAAGGAUGGAAUUCGAUGCCAACUCAUCAUGGCAGAAUCAGAAUAAUGAAGAGAGUGUUCAUCAGUUGGAAGAAUACAAUCAUGCAGCUGAUAGACAAGAGCAAGUGAUCGCAAGCCCUUUGAUGGGUCACUCCCACUCCCAGCAACUCUCAGCCGAGGGCCGGCCAGGCUGCAGCACCGAAUGUCCAAAAUCAUACCCGACCAGGCCUAAUUGCAGUCUGGUGCCCACCUCGCUCACCGUCGCCACUGCAGGCCCCUCUCCUGAGAACACGCCCGUGUCAUCGGCAGGGCACCUGACAGUGGCUGAGCAAAACAUGGACAGUGUUUUCUGGACUUGCAUGUCCGAGGAUGUGGACCCAUCACAGAAGGCAGAAGACGCAAAACCCUCUGAUGACAAUGUACCAGUAGCCACAGAUAUGGCCCCAGUAACUGCUGAACACAUGCCUUAUGAAGGCGAGUUCGCUGAUCAAAAAGUUCGUCUGGCCCACGGAUACGAUGUCUUCAUUCGCCGCUCGGACCUGUGGGAGGCAGAGCGAGCCUCCAAGCAAUCUUGGUCCAUCUUGACCCGGCGCCUGCUGGACAUCUACUUUGACCGCAUGACCCUGGCCAUGGGCCGGGCCAGCCACCGGGGAACCAACGAGGACCACAAGCCCCUGGACCAGAACGUGAUCGGAGCAAUAAGAGCCUACAUCAAAGCCCGCUUCAACUUUGACAACCGGCGUAAGCUAAUGCAAGUCAUCGGCUUCUAUUGCAGUUAUUGCCGCAACAAAUUGAUGCAUCAGCUUCAGUAUAGCUAAUGCGCGGGAUGCUGCCUUGUGACAGACUUGUAAAUAAAGGCACUGAAGCGUGACUUAACUGGGUGUCAACCCAGCCGUCCACCCGACCACGAGUCAGUCUUUUGAACAGCAUCAUAUAGGGAACACCUUGUCGAUUGUGGUCAUGAAUACUCACCGUGACCCCACACAUACAGUAGCACAAUGGUUAGCGGACUGCUGAUGGACUCUGGGAAGAGGCAAGGAAUAUGUCCCUUUAGAUAAAAGGAGGUUGGCAGGUUACAAAAGAUGGGGCCCAUCUCCACCUAAAUUGUGACAUUCUUCAAAGUUUUGCUGUUGUUGUACACUUUUCUUGGUGUGGUAUAAGGACAAUUCACCUCACCGUCUGAAGGCUGUGGCUAGUGUGUUUUUCCCACUGUGAAAUUGGAAUAAAUCAUAGAUACUGUAUUGUCGGCAAUAUUAUUUACAUGUACACAAAUUGUAAUCUUAUGUGCAAUCUUAUUGUGCGCAUUCCAUCUGUCAGGAAAAGGAAAACUUGGCAAGUGCCCUUCUCAAGAUAAGACCACACUCACCUUGUGACAGAGGAUGGUGCUUUCACCUCUGAACCGGCGCGCCUCCAAGAAUGAGGGAGAAGAAAGUGGAAAACCAAAGCAAUGAAAGAGUGGACCAUUUUGACACCAAAGUUGUCCAACAUUCUCGCGGGAAGCAUAGCCCCGGUGUAUGUUAUUGUACAUGUAUACAUGUACAUGUAGCUCCCAGUACAUGUACUAUGUGUUAGAGUAAUGUUCAUGAACGGCUCAUGUAUGACCAGAGGGUUGGGAGUAUGAAUCCAGAGUACCAGGGCCUUCUACCCACAUACAUGUUCAUGUAUCUUUUCAUUUACAGAUUUUUUUUUACUGUAGGCUUUGUUUUUCAACACAAAAGUGUCAAGAAUCAGGAGAGAAAUUGGAUCUCUUGAGAGUGAUACACCACAUGGUCAAGAAUGUUCACGUGCAUCGGGCACGGAGUGUGCAUGUUGGGUGUAUGUACAUGUUUAUUUGUGUGGGCAAAGGGUGCAUGGCACCACUGGCAAGCAGUUAUCUCCAUACUCUCUUGAGCUGUUGUAUUGGCCAGCGAUGUACAAAGUGGAUUUCACUUUUAAGUUAUACACGUAUUUGUUAUUUGCCAUGGUAAACUUCUUCAUGCUGUGAACCGACGAAACACACUUACAGUUUAAUUUGACCUUUGACCAGAGCAAGGCCAACAUGUAAUCUGUUUCACUGGAUAUUCCAAAAGAAAUGCACACCUUGCAAAGCAUAUGAGUAAGUUUGCACCAACAGGUUCAUUUUUCAAAUAUUAUUUUGACCGUCUCCCGCCCUGUGUUGUGAAGAUCAUGAAUGUGGAGAAAAUGUACGUGUAUUUUCAACCUUUUUUCAUUGUCUCAAGAAAUGAAACUACAUGUGCAUGUAUUUUACAUGUAGUUGAUCACAUGUGUAGAGAAUGUUGUAAUCGAUUUUGCUUAUGGAGUUUACAUGUAUAAUGAUUGGCAGUGAAACUCACAUGUAUUUGUUGAAUUGUGUGUGAUUUUGAGAGUUCUAGAAAGUUGUUUUGACAUACCAGCACAUUGAAAAUGAAGAAGGGAAAAGAUCUGUUAGCAAAGACUAGUAUGUGAGUACAUGUAUGUUACUUUGCACUUCUUCAAAUUUCUUAGAAAGCUCUUGUAUAUUUAGAAACCAUGCGUUGGACGUGCUUGAAGAAUUGUGUGUUUUGCUAGUUGUUAAUGGUGGAAUUCCAGUCUCAAGUUUUGUUUCAUGAGUUUAUGGUACUUUGUUUUUAAAAUGGUGCAUGUACAUACCAGUAAAUGUAUACAAACAUUAUUUAUGUUAUGAUACAAUUUGCUACAAUACAAUUUGUAUGUUUUUGUAAAAAACCAUAUGCUUAAAGCUCUGCGAUACAAAUCACAAAUUUUGAUUUUCUCAGUCAUAUUUACUGCCUUAGAGCAACCUAUGAGAAAUAUGCUCACCACUGUAAGAUGUACCCAGAUUCAUUGGCAUUCAAAUAAACAAGUACUCCUUGAACAUUUUA